CCAUUAUCUACAACAGGAUGUGUAUUCGCCCGCGGACUUAUCUUCUCUUGUAUCGCAGAUACGUGGACAAGUAGGCAGUUCUCUUCCACAUCACCGGUUGCCAUGACGACUAGCGGAGGUUCGUGCCCAGAAAGAGACCCGGAGUAAUUGUUGGGAUAAUGAAACACCGUCUGGGGAGAUACUGAAUUGGCCGAUUCAUCAGCAGUUUGUUCAUCCGGUUCAAUUGUUUGCAGGGUAGAAGCUGGUCCUCUUUCAAAAUUUCAACCGGGAUUAAUUUGGCUUAUUUACGGCAUCUUUGCCCUCCCCCGAAGUGAUGCGACGAGUCGGAUAGCUUCGAGCGAUUUUAAAACGACGACACUGCCUAAAUUAAUUAAUGUAUUCGUCUAUGAAGUUCGAAAAUCCUCGGUUGAUCUUUAAAUAAAUACAGAAAUCUGUUUUUUUCUUUGGUAAACAUUUUAAAAGGGGAUCGUUUACGGUUCGAGAAAGCAAAUCAGUGAACCAUCACUUGUCAAUUAUGGCUGCAGACAGCGCAGUGUCUCUGGUAAAAGGUCGUGUCUUUACUUUUUUGUUUGAAAAAGUAAUGGUUUGUCUUCUUUAGUUACAGAAGUUCCUAAAGUUUGGAAACAUCAGACAAUGCUAAAGAAAUUAUGCAAUAGAUAAAUGAACAAAAACCCGUUGUAAUAAGACUACAAAGUCUGUCAUCCGUUUAAAAAUUUAGGAAGAAAAUUCACUACUCGUACAAUACAAAGAAUCCUUAUAGAUUCGGAUGAAUUUAAUUAUUUAAGAAACUCUUUCGUGUAUAAAAAUAGGAUUUCAUUAAGAUUUUCCUGACGGUUUCUUUUAAUAAAUGUAUCCUUUGUUUUCCUAUUUAAUUUCCCACCUUUCAAUUUAUAUAGAUCAAUACUUUCAGAUGAAUUCAUUCUGUAUUUAUUUAUUUACUUGUUAAGUGUUUAUUUCCUAAUAAUACUACAAUAAUUAUUUAUUUACGAAUAAGUAUAUACAUCAUUCACCAGGAAGAAUUUUACAUUAUUUCUAUUGAAAUUUUCAUACAUUCAUUACCUUAUAAAACACUAUACGUACAGUACAGGAUUCACUUUCCGUGUCUUCAUAAUAAUAAAGAAAAGUUGAAUACACGAAAAGAUUUAGAUUUCUCUAUAUUUAAAUUAUUUUUUCUUAGUUCCUAUUUAAAUUAUCAAUAAAAAUAUUAAUACUAAAACACUUAAGAAAAGCUUAAUCUAAUCGUUGUAGCAAUAAGUGAAUAGAAAGAUUAUUUAUACCCUUUAAUCCGAUUUAAUACCCUCUCUAAUUUCAUACAAACGUGAUAGACUUACAAUAAUGCAUAGAAAAAUAAUAAUAUUUUAUACAAACACAAAUAAUAAUUACUUAAAGUAAGAAAUUUUAAUGUCAGUUUUAUUGAUGCUUAAUUUACUGUACGUCUUCGAUUGGAAAAUCAAUACAUUGCAGUGUUGUUUUUUUUUCAAAACUUAUAGCACCUAUCGAAUAAAUGCAAUCUGGAAUAUAUCUCGAAUGUUUUUCGUAAUAAAUUUUUCCGAAUGUCUCCAUUACUCUUAAGGUUUAUUACAAGAGAACAUCACGAAAUACCGAACAUGAUUUUUAUUUUAUUACACGUCUUUUCUCCUAUAUUUUAAUAGGAAAAAACGUUUUAAAAUAUCAAAAGUUUUCCCUAGUUUUCUCAUUCUUAAUAAGAAUAAAACGGUAAUUAUAUUACUCAGAAUAUUAACACAUAAAUAGUGUUAUAGUAACUUCUUUACGUUGGCAUUUUCAUUCAUUAAUAUAAGAAAAGACUAAAUAAGAUAUAAUUGUUUGCGGGUGUCUAGAGAAUCUAUCUAGACAACUAUGAAAUUAAAUGAACGAAAUAAGACUUUGGGAAGGGGGUUUUAUUAUAUAAAAAAAGUAACAAUUAUCAUAAAGAAUAUGAAAAUAUAAUAUCAAUAACUUCAUUGAUUCUGUUAUAUGUAUUUGUUUGUUUACAUGGAAAGGGGGACGAUUCUGUUAUCCGUAAUAAUAACCCGAAUAAUUUAGUUUUGAGUGUUUAUUGAUAGAGUUUUUUGAUAGGAAAGGAGCAUGCGUUGAUACGAAGCUUCGAUUGGUGGUGGUUUGGUUAUCAUCGAUCUACUCUGUCGAUUACUACUCUCCCGAGAAUUCCAUAGUUAAAUAUGAGGGACGAUAUGAGUAGGGGCGAUAAAUGUCUUUGUAAAUCGCCCUUCCUAUUAAAAAACAAACUUGUAUCUCAAUCGGGACGAUCGAAUCCGUGUUACCCCUCUCUCAUAAUAGAAAUAAUAAAGAGUGCUCGAGUCUCGCUUACCCGCAAUACCUGAGUGUAUAGGUAGUAGGUUAAUUAAUUAAUGCCAAAAUCUAUUCUAUCUUUCCUACUUUAAGUUUUAUUGCAUAAAAUAUUGUAAUGAUAACAUAGAUUAUUCUACCCCUUUUUUAUUUGAUGUUCUAUCCUUUCAUUAAUCCUAAAUCAUAUCUUUAAAAAUACUUAUCGAUACCUUUCUUUAAUCUUAGAUUCUACUCCUUAAUUAAAGCAAUACCUAAUUUUAUGCCUUGACUUAUUUAAGUUAGAUAAUAUGUGAAGAAAAAUAUCUUUCGACACGAAUCAACCUGUCAAUUAUUCUGUGGGUAAGACGAGAGAGAGUCAGAUUAUUCCAAGUUGUGUCUAUUUAUGAGAUUUACCUUAGGAAAAUUGAUUGGAGUAUAACUAUCUUCGGGAUGUUCUGCUAUCAAAAAUUCUUAAGAAGAUAUAAUCUACAGACAUGAUGUACAGAAUUGGAGAGGUUGAAGAGUUGCAGAUAAUUUAUGUAGGGAGUAGAGAUGAGAAUCUGCGUGCUGAAGAAAAACGAUUCUGAGUUAUCUCUAGAUAAAAUUAGUUUCGCCUCUUAGCCUAAAGGUCAUGAAAAGGCCGAGGAUCGAUAUCGAAAUUUCCAACUUAGGUCCCAGGCCCGUGGACAACUCCUACUCGGAAAGAGGUUCGGCGUGGGCGGAAGACAGGAUUCCUCAUUGGACGUCUCCAAGAUAGGCGGAACAUCUUGGUCGUGCAUCGACCAAUCAGGCGACAUGACAGCCAGGGGUUGGUUUCAUCCCGUACCUGGCUCAUCAGACCGUCCGCCAUCCGGAAAGGGUCGCGUAGUUUGUGGCGGGACCUUGUCCGAUUCUCUGCCUCAACACAUCUCAAUUGGCGUUACAUGUUCGGCCUACGCCACCGUUUACGUAAUUUUCCCUCCAAGAAGACCAGCCUGCGCUGGGGGGACUGUUGUUUCCGCUCUCUUUCCCGAGCUCCACUCUACGAUUAUUCGUUUUCCAACCUCUCCCCCGUCUGUUUCUAACUCAGGCAUUCUCUCACUAUCGUGCUAUUACCUGCCGGAAUUCCCUUUCCGGCCUACCUCUAUCUCAGGUGUCAGUACUUACCAGAGCAGUACAGAGAUACACACCAUGACAGUCAACAUCCCCGGCGUGGUGUCUGUCAUAUUUUUCUAUGUCUUGAUUCUACUGGUGGGCAUCUGGGCAGGAAGGAAGAAGAAAACGGGAGCCGAUGAUCUAGAGAGCGAGGAAGUGAUGCUAGCCGGGAGGAAUAUAGGAAUGUUCGUCGGAAUUUUUACCAUGACAGCUACCUGGGUAGGAGGUGGGUACAUCAACGGAACUGCCGAGGUCAUCUACAACAGCGGAUUAGUUUGGUGUCAAGCUCCCUUUGGAUAUGCCAUGAGUUUGGUUAUCGGUGGUCUUUUCUUCGCCAACAAGAUGAGAGAACAAGGUUACGUCACCAUGCUGGACCCGUUCCAAGACCUGUUCGGAGGAAGAAUGGGUGGACUCCUCUUCAUUCCCGCCCUCUGCGGUGAAGUGUUUUGGUCGGCGGCCAUAUUGGCUGCAUUAGGAGCAACAGUCAGUGUUAUCAUCGACUUGGAUAAUAACACCUCCAUCAUCGUCUCCGCUUGCAUCGCGCUUUUCUACACCUUGUUUGGGGGUCUAUAUUCGGUGGCUUAUACUGAUGUCAUACAACUCUUCUGUAUUUUCAUCGGUCUGUGGUUGUGUAUCCCGUUCAGCUUGACUAGUUCGGCAGUGGGAAGUCUUUCCUUGGAAGAUAAUAACUGGAUAGGAGAAGUAGAGCCUUCUUUCGCUGGCCAAUAUAUAGACUAUGGAUUGCUUCUUAUUCUUGGAGGGAUACCAUGGCAGGUAUACUUCCAGAGAGUUUUGUCUUCGAAGAGUGCCUUCAGAGCCCAGAUUUUAUCGUACGUUGCCGCUUUGGGUUGCAUCAUCAUGGCUGUUCCUCCUAUGAUCAUCGGAGCUGUGGCCAAAGCUGCGGCUUGGAACGAGACUGCGUAUCGCGGUCGUUUACCACUAACGGAGGAAGAGACACCCCUGGUCUUACCCAUGGUUCUUCAAUACUUAACCCCCGCAUUUGUAUCUUUUAUCGGUCUCGGAGCCGUUUCAGCCGCAGUCAUGUCCUCUUCCGAUUCCUCUAUUCUAAGCGCUAGUUCCAUGUUUGCUAGAAACAUAUACAAACUAAUAUUUAGACAAAACGCCUCCGAAAGAGAAGUUAUCUGGGUGAUGAGAGUGGCCAUCUUGUUCGUCGGGGUGUUGGCCACGGCCAUGGCCUUGACCGUCAAGUCCAUCUACGGCCUAUGGUAUCUGUCUUCAGAUUUGGUCUACGUUAUCCUUUUCCCUCAGCUGGUGUGCACCGUCUACUUAAAAAAAUACUGUAAUACUUACGGCUCACUAGCCGCCUAUAUAGUGGGCUUAUUGAUGAGAGGGCUGGGAGGAGAAGAUAUCAUCGGCCUCCCUGCCAUCAUUCGUUAUCCUUUCUACUCGGAAGUGAACGGUCAGUUAUUCCCUUUUCGGACGCUUUCCAUGAUAGUUAGUUUCUGCACGCUACUGUCCGUAUCAAAGUUAUUUAAAUGGUUGUUCGAGGCCGGAAGAUUGGAUGCCAAGUUCGACAUUUUCCACUGCAUUGUUAAUAUUCCCGACGACGUAGAGAAGGUACAGGAGCCUCAAGAGGGAGAGAUGACGGUUCUUAACGCAGCGGCCGUUCGCAAGUAUCAAUCGGAGAUGAACGGCCGGGUCAAUCCCGCUCUCAACUUAAGCGGGGAAGAGGUAGAGAUGGAAUCACCCGCGGUAAACGGAGACUUCCGGAACGGACCUGUCAAGGCCGAAUUCACUACCAAUUUGUGAAACGUAUCAUCUAGUUUUAGCCUUUAGAGGUAGUUCGACGACCCAUCGAGUGCCCUUUCCGUCUCGUAGCCCGCUUCGAUAAAAGAAAAACAAACUCGUUUUCGGGGGAAGGGGCGAAGAAGAAGAGUUGCAUCCCUUCCGGUAAUCAUCUUCAGGAAGGGAACACCCGAAAGCGAGAUUAAUCCACGUUAGUCACCUUACGAGAAGAAAUCGCACUCUUUAAACCGUAAUAAUAGCCGAACACGUUGGAAGAGCGCGAAGAAUACAUUAUAUUUUGGGUGCUUCUUUUCAUAAAAAAAAUAAUAACGGGACAAUCUGUAUAGAAAUUGUUUUCUAACAUUAUUUUGUCGGAUGGAUGUUAAAAAAUUUAAAUAAUGUAGUAAUCACGGGGAAAAUCGUCGUCAGGGACACCGUAGUAACACUUUUAAUCGGCGUGUUUUCGUUUGUUUUCUGUUUUUAAAGGUCUAUCCAAAAUUAGCUCGGUGUAUCCCGCUGAAGGCGCCCCUUCUUAGCAAUAAAGUAGUGAUACGCGGCUUCGGGCCCAUCCCAACGUUUUAUCCCGAAGAAUCGAACACCAAACUAUCGUAUCGUUACACGAAUAUUUAACAUAUUAAAGAUAUAUGGGCCCCGCGUGCCCCUAGAACGUGUUGAAUGUUCAAAGUUGAUGUUCCAGUUGAUUUUGUAGAGCCGUGCUAUAUACACACACGUAAUCUGUAUAAAUGUACGUAUGUGUUAAUGUAUAUAUAUAUAUAUGUGAAUAUUAUAUAUAUAAUUAGAUAAUUAGAUAUUUAUAGGUGAGGCCUUAAAAGUCGAUAUCGGUAGGGUGAUAAUCAGAGGAAGCGCGGAUCUCGAGAGUCUUUAUUACUUUUUAGAAAAUAUAGAGAAGAGGAGAAGACGAUCUUUAUCUUUUUUAUAUAUCGACCCCGAACUUCCGUCGGUAGGGAGUUAGAGGGUUUCGAAUCCCGUCUGGUAUGUAAUUAUUAAAAGUAGGGAGAGAUAAUGAGAAGAACCAAAGGCGCUCCAUCAAGUCCGACGCCAAGUUGUUGUUGUUGUUGGAAUCUUAAAUUAUUCUCGUUAUAAUUUAAAGAGAUUUUAUAAAGUUAUUUGUAAAAGACCAAAAGAAAACUUUAACCCAGAGACGGUUAAACAUAUCAGGUACGAAUCAUUUGCCCGGAGACUCGGUUUAUUCUUCGAUCAUUUGGGCGAUGAGGAGGAGAGAUGAAGAUAGAAACGCCCACCCACUUUCCGCAUAUAUUUUUGUAUAACGUUAGGAACCAGAGAAAUAGUUACUACUGCCAAAAAUGCCAUAUCUAUCGUUUUUAGCGCAUCGAUGUUUGUUUGUCCGAAGAUAGAACCACUGGAAUGGAUCCUAUUUGUUAACGACGUUGAAUGUUGUAUCCGUUCUUAUCUACUCUGUGUCUAAUAGAACCACCAAUAAAAAGGAAUUUACGUGUGCUCGAUUGUCUCCUUGCCAUUUGUGCUUGGUCCGAUAUUGUAAUUGUCUGUUUAUCCGGACUCCGCCGCGUGAGAACUGACCGCAUGGCUCGGGAUCGAUAGACGAGGGAGGGAGAGAGGCCUGUACUGUAGUACGUGUUUUCCCUCUUGUUUGCUCGUGAAAUCUCACGUAAUGGCAUAGGUUAUCGCCUCAUUCGGACUCGUAUUCGUAAAAUAACAACAAUUAAGUCUAUUUUUUUAAAUCCUCGACGUCUAUUUAAUUAAUUAAAUUAAAAGAACGUAAGUAUCAUCUCGAGGAUUUUAAUUACUAGAUUCUCGAUUUGUAUAGAACUAUUAUGGAAAAAAUACUCGAUAUUUCGUGUAAAUUUUCACAUCUCAAAAUGUUUAAAAGCUUUAAAAUUUAGAAAAAUAUACCAACAUUUCGAAUAUUUAAAAUUCAAAUUUAUGUAAAUUUAUUAACGCGCGAAGUUCAAAAUUGAAUUUAAACACAGGUAAAAAGUGAGCUGAUGAAUGGUCUACUUUAUAGAACAGGUAAGAAGAGAAUAAGAGUUUAUUUAUUUUAUAUAAGCUCUAUAGUCAUUCAUUUAUCUUUAAAUAAAGAUGUAAUUUAUUCUGUUAUCAAGCAGUAUUUAUUUUUCAAUAUUAAAACAAAAAAAAUUAGAUUAGAAAGGAAUAAACAAGGAAUAAACGAAAAUCGAAUGAAGACAAUUAAUUAAAUGACAACAAAAGGUAUUAAUGGCAAAUUAUUGUAGAAUAUAUAGUUAUCGGUUAAUUAUAUUACUUGCAUUCUUCAGGAUAUAUUCUACAUUAAAACUAAUUAAUGAAUUACAAGGACUUGCAACUCUAAUCUGCAGUACCAUGUGGUUUUUAUCCAUACUACUACGGACGAGAUUAGUUUCCUCGAAACACAUCAAUUUUUCCGUUAUAUUAAAUAUAAAAUAUUUAUAACUUGCUCUCGGAGUAUGCAAUACUGGAAUAUCUAAAGUAUAGGAAUUCUCAGAAACAAAUCUAUCAUCGGGGAAAAGUCUUUGUAAGGUAAAUAUAAUAGCAAAAAAACAAGAGCUUUGUAGUUACAGUAAUCUUGUGUCAAGAUUUAUCAAUAUUUAUCAUGGAAAAUAAGCAGGUAGAGUGGUUCAAGACCUUUGUGUUGAAAUAAAAAAAAAUUCUAUAUUAACGUUGGAUAGAUUUGGAAAGUUUCAACAAUUAUUAUAGAUUUACCAUAGAAAUUAAUACGUAUAUGUUAUAAUUAAAUAAAAAUUUGUCGACAAAUCGCACAUUUAUUGAUUAAACACAAGGCAAAAAUGUGAUAAUAAAUCUACUAAUCUAUCAGAAAGCAUUAAAGACAAUGUGGAACAAAUAUAUAAUAGUAAUUUUUCAAAAAAAAUUAUAGAAAAGGGAGAUCAUAAAUAAUGUUAAAAUCUUCUUUUGUAUUGGAUAGAGUCGAAUACCAAAUAUAAUGGAAAAUAAACAAUAAAGAAACUUCAUAAGAAAAGGAAGAGGGAGGACUGAGAUCUGGAUUAUAGGAACCGAAUCUACUGACUUGCUAUUAAUUUUAUACAAACAUAAAUGUAUUGAUAUAAUAAUCUAGUUGCUAUUACCUAAAAACUGAAGAAAAUAUACUGUACAAGUAAGAUUUGUAUGUGCAAAUUAAAUGAUUAAGAUGAAGGAUAUUCAUUGACGUAUAAAUAUAGGACGGUCCAAUAGAAAUAGAAAGACUAAGCUACUAUCUUAUUUAAAUACUUUACUACAGUACUUAUAAAUUUGUAAAUAAUACAAACUUUAUCAAUUUUGUAAAGGAAAAAAAAACGUUAAAGUGUACGAUUCGUAUUCACAAGUUUGCCUAGAAAAUACUAAACAAAACACUUUUGAACCAUCGAUAUUAAUUUAGCUUGCAUUCUUUCUUUAAUUGUAUAUUAAAAAUAGUAAAAAUUUCAUUUAUUUCGUACAGAAUUUUGUUCAAUUUUACGUCUAAACUGUGCUUAUUAGGGACUACAAUGAAAUGAUUUAGUGAGACGAGAACAUCGGGAACAAUCGCUAAAGUAAUAAUAAUAAUGAAAACUACAGAGAAAUAUUCAAGAUAAAAAAAUUUAAUCUAAAUAAAGAAACGAUAAACGAGAUGAAUAUCGAAUAAAGUAUUAACGAGAAUCCCGAAAGUAAAUUAGGAAAGAUGUCGAAUAUGCAAAUGAAUGUUAUUCUUAGAAACGAAUUAGAUGAGACUUGUCGGAGAGAAAAAGAUAAUGAUAAAUCUCAUUGGCAAAAUCUGUAGAUAAAGAAAGUAUCUGACAAAGAUGAAGUUGAUCCAUAUAAUUGAAAAAUAUGUGAUACAAAUAAAGUUUUUUACCCCCCAUAACAAAUUAUUUGUAGUGUAAUAUUAGAAAAAUUUGUAUACUACAAUAGGAGAAAAAUGUGAACCUUUUACUAAACUUAAUGGACUCUCCUUAUAUAUAUAUAUUUAUCGUUGUAUUGUGUUUUUCUGGCUUGUAAGUAAAUUGUAUCCUGAUUUUCCUGAGUUUAUCAUUUUUUUUUUCUUUCUUCCACAGUUGCAUACAGAACACAAAUUCAAUAUAUUAGACUUUAACCAAUACUUCAAUAUAUUAGUCGUCUAUCAAGUCUAUUAGACAUACUCUUAAUAAUAUCUUGUGUAGCAUAACCAGAGAGAAGCUCUGAAACCCGGGUCCCUCGUACUGUACGUUUUAAGAAUUAUCACCCGCUAAAAAUUUUUUAGAAAUUAAUUUACAAUUUUUUGAUUUUAUAAAUAAUAAUAAUAAUAAUAAUAAUUUAUAUUCGAU